AUGCCAUCUUUUGUAUGCCAACGUUGCAAACAACCAUUACGUAUUGAUGAUUCUCUUGUUGAUUUAGAUGAAUCGUCUGUAGAUUUGUUACUAGCACCGUUAACUUCUGAAGAACAAAGCAAAAGAAAAACACAUUCCUUACAUAAUGAUACCCACGAAACCUUUUCAACAACGACAUUAGAUACCUCACUUGCUUCCAAAAAACAUAUUCUUCGUCCAUCACAACGACCAAUGCCACCAGUUUCAGAUUCGUUUGUCAUGCUUUCUAAUUCCCAAGUUCACUUACCAAUAGGUUCAUCCUUAUCUCCUGCAGCAAGUGUUCGUCUCUUGAACCAACAAAACCAGAUUCAACGUACAAGCAACGAGCAUGCUCGUUCCACAUUAUCUCAGACCAACGGUAUCGAUAAUACUAAAGAUGCAACAAGAUGGAAGGCCGAUAGUAUCAGCAAAUUCCCUUCUGACCCUGCUAUUUCAAACGCAUCACCUGAUCGCAACAAUAGUCUCUCGCAUCGACUCAAGGUAGCCACACGAUUAUUUGAUGUCAUGUCCUCCAAAUCCAGUGUGGAUCAUCCUAUGUGUCAAGAAUGUACUGAUAUGAUGUUGGAAAGUUUGGAACGACAAUUGGAUGAUGUAGGACGUGAACGGGAUUGUUAUUUGGAUUUUUUGAAGCAGGUGAAACAACAAGGUGAAAAAACCGAAGAUACUAAUACAACAAUAACAAUACCAACAAUGGCGGAAGAUGAAGAACAAUUGACUAAGCAGGUGGAUCUAUUGAUCAAGAAGGAACAAGAAGCUUUAUCUACACUGGCACAGAUGAAAAAAGAACAACAGCUAUUGGACAAACAAUAUCAAGAUUUACAACAAGAAGAGAAGGAACUGGAAAAAGAGGAACAGGACUUUUGGGAUGAAUGUAAUGCCUAUCAAAUUCAAUAUCAGCAUUUCCAAAACGAACGUGAUGCUAUCAAUCUGAAAUAUGAUCAUGAUGCUCGACAACUGGAACGAUUACAAAAAACAGUGGUAUACAAUGAUGCUUUCUGUAUUAUGCAAGAUGGACCUUUUGGUACAAUCAAUGGGUAUCGAUUAGGAAGAUUGCCAUCUCAUCCUGUGGAAUGGAACGAAAUCAAUGCUGCCUGGGGUCAAGCUUUACUCUUGUUAUAUACAGUGGCCAAUAAACUCAAGUUUCAAUUUCAAUCAUACCGUCUUGUACCAAUGGGAUCCUUCUCGAAAGUGGAAAAGGUGGAUGGUGAUGUAGUUGUAGCCUAUGAAUUGUAUGGAUCUAGUGAUUAUGGACUGAAUCGAAUGCUUUUUGUCAAUCGACGAUUUGAUCUAGCCAUGGUAGCUAUGCUUAACUGUCUCAAACAACUUUCGGAUUAUGCAGAACAAAAGGAUCGUAGUAUUCGACUUCCUUAUAGAAUCAACAAAGAAAAAAUUGGUGAACUGUCCAUUAGGCUACAAUUCAAUCAAGAUGAAUUAUGGACAAGAGCUCUCAAGUAUAUGCUGACCAAUAUGAAAUGGAUCUUGAUCUUUGCCAGUAGAACCAGUGUAGUUGGUGAUACAUGA